AGUCCAGUCAGUCUCUUCAUUGCAUGAAGCUAAACAUCAUGUUCCCAGAACUGGGUGAGAGCGACUGUGAGGAGCUACCGGUUUUCCUUUCUGUAACCAAGCUGCCUCCUGAUCCAAGAAGCAGCAUCCGGCCUCCUUCUGAGAACCAGGUAGUUGUGCUCUGCAGCUCAGACUCAGAGGACUCGUCCCUUUGCUCUCCUGCCAGGAAAAAGCCCUAUGGUCACUGCAGUUCAGUCAAGAUGGGAACUCCUGUAGAUGUGAGGGUGCAGCUCAAUAGUGAGAGUGAGGAGGAAGAAGAACUUGUCCCCUUGGCUGAAAGGCUCCAAAGGAAGUUGCUGGUAGCCAGACCCUCUACAACUGUUUCUUCAUUUACUAUGAUCCAAACCAAGAGUGGCCAAGAGUCCACUGGGCAAAACAGGCUCUGUGCCAGGGAUGAAGAAUUGGUGCCUGCUUGCUGGCAGGAGCCACCACCUGCCGACUCAGAUCUCAAAGAAAGCGUGGCACCCAACACUUGGGAACUGUCAGAGAGUGAUCAGGAGGAAUCUUCGUGGGAUGCUAAGCCACAGCCUUUGCCCAAACUUCCAGUUUGCAUCUCUGAUUAUAAGGUACAGGAUGAUGCCCACCAAAUAAGCCUGAAGCCCUUCCUCCUUCAGACACAUACAAGACAGAACCAUCAGGAACUGGACAAAGCUUUCCAGGCUGCCCUGCAGAAGAGAAAAGAGCGAGGAGCUCAGAAGCAGCUGCAGGAGCAAGAGAAAGAGAUGAUUGCAGCUUUGGCCCAACUUCGGAAAGCCCAAAGACCAGAGCAGUGUCUGAAACACAUUCAAGUGGUGUUAGACCCAGGUCUCUUACAGAUUGAAGGUGCGGAUGAGGUCCUUGCCGCUUUGCAGUCUAUGGAGAGUAGUUGUGUGAUCGAGAGCCAAGUUGUGCCCCACAGUAUCACCUGGAGAAGGAAAACUGGCCUAACGCAGGCUGAAGAAGACAACUGGAUGGAAGAACCCAAUGUCCUAGUGCCAGUGUUGCUCCCAGAGUUCAUUGCAAUGAUUCAUAACAAUAAGCAGGCUAGCCUGGAAGGUCCUACUGAGACUCUGCAGAGUUUUGUGGUGAAUAUCACAGAGAAAAUCCCUGGGAAAACACUGUCAUUGGCAGUAACAGAACUGGAAAAAUAUUUCAGUUCUCGCAAGCACAAGUUGCAGAAGAAACCGCAGCAAGCAGAGCAAAGUAGCAACAAGGCGCAGGAGCAAAGCAAGCAAAGGAACCGGAGAGAAAAGGCAACUCCAGUCCCCCAGUUAUCUAGACUGGAUGUGGAAGAAGCUCUGGUAGAUCUGCAGCUUCACACGGGUGUCCAGGUUCAAGUGCUUGCAAGCUGGAAGGAGUUUGGAGAAUUUGCCAGUAUGUUCACGAAGGCUGUGGCUGAAGCCCCAUUCAAAAAGGAAAAAAAUAAAACCAGCUUCUCCUUCUGCCUUGAGGGAGACUGGUGUAGAGGUAUGAAGGUGGACCGCGCUGGAAAGGGGCUGCUUCAGGUGUGGAAGAGACAAAUUCAGCAAUUCAACCGAGUCAGUCUGGAGAUGGCCAGUGCCAUUGUAGCCUGGUAUCCUUCUCCUCUGCUUCUGAUGCAGGCUUACGAUAUUCACACUUCAGAGCAGGAGCGACACAACCUGCUUGCAGAGGUUCCCGUUCGUCGUGGCGAUGGAGUGACAGCAACAACAAGGCGAAUUGGCCCAGACCUCUCCAAACGGAUUUAUUUGCAGAUGACUUCCCAGAACCCUGACCUUUCUCUAGAUGUUACUGGGUGAGCUUGAAGUGUGGAUGUCUGUAAAAUUCUGCUCAAGCAACUUUUUAAAAUGUUAUUACUUCCCCUAAAUUAAACCUUUUUG